GGUCCUUUUAUCUCUUCUUCAAAACACAAGCUCCAAAAACAGAAAGCGACCCAGCAGACCAAAAAAAAAAAAAAAUUCAUCUUCCCAAAUUAAAUCUCGACAAAUUGUUCUUCUUCUUCAUCUUGUCCUUUCGAUAUUUUGCUAUUUUAUUUUGAUUUUAGUUUAAAAGAUGUCAUCGAAUGAAGAACUAUCUUCAAAAGUGAAGGCACGGUUGGCCGUUCUCUCUGCUCAUUUAGCAUCUCCUGGUUCGUCCUCCAACGACCUCACCUUCACCAUCCUCGAGCCAUGGUGCGUCUCGGCUCAGACCGUUGGCUCUGUUGGCGGUUCGUUAACCAUUCUCGACGAGCGAACCGGCAAGAAGUACCAGGUCCCUGUUUCCAAAGACGGCACUGUCAAAGCUACCGAUUUCAAAAAGAUAACAACAGGGAAUAAUGACAAGGGGCUGAAAAUUUAUGAUCCGGGUUACUUGAAUACUGCUCCGGUUCGGUCGUCGAUUUCUUAUAUAGAUGGAGAUGAAGGGAUUCUUAGAUACAGAGGGUACGCAAUUGAGGAAUUGGCUGAGAGUUCCACUUUCUUGGAAGUGGCCUACCUCUUAGUGUAUGGGAAUUUGCCUUCUGAAGGUCAGUUAGCAGACUGGGAAUUUGCUGUUACUCAGCAUUCGGCUGUGCCACAAGGGAUUCUGGACAUUAUACAAUCAAUGCCUCAUGAUGCUCAUCCAAUGGGUGUACUUGUCAGUGCAAUGAGCGCUCUUUCUGUCUUUCAUCCCGAUGCUAAUCCUGCUCUCAGAGGCCAAGAUCUAUACCGGUCAAAACAAGUGAGAGACAAGCAAAUAGCACGCAUUCUUGGAAAGGCACCAACCAUUGCUGCAGCAGCUUAUUUGAGGAUGGCAGGAAGGCCUCCAGUUCUUCCUUCCAGCAACCUUUCUUAUGCUGAGAACUUUCUCUACAUGCUAGACUCAAUGGGCAAUCGGUCUUACAAGCCCAACCCCCGGCUAGCUCGAGUGCUGGACAUUCUUUUCAUACUACAUGCAGAACAUGAAAUGAAUUGUUCCACAGCCGCUGCCCGGCAUCUUGCAUCAGGUGGAGUUGAUGUAUACACUGCUCUAGCUGGAGCUGUUGGAGCACUAUAUGGUCCUCUUCAUGGUGGAGCAAAUGAGGCUGUGCUCAAGAUGCUUAGUGAGAUUGGAACAGUUGAGAACAUUCCAGAUUUUAUUGAGGGUGUCAAGAACAGGAAGCGGAAAAUGUCUGGUUUUGGGCACCGUGUAUACAAAAACUAUGACCCCAGGGCAAAGGUGAUAAGGAAAUUGGCAGAGGAAGUUUUUUCUAUUGUCGGCCGGGACCCUCUUAUUGAGGUAGCUAUUGCUUUGGAGAAGGCUGCAUUGUCUGAUGAGUAUUUUAUUAAGAGGAAGCUUUAUCCAAAUGUUGAUUUCUAUUCUGGACUAAUAUAUCGAGCAAUGGGAUUUCCUCCGGAGUUCUUCACUGUGUUAUUUGCAAUCCCUCGAAUGGCCGGAUACUUGUCACAUUGGUGUGAGUCUCUAGAUGAUCCUGAUACAAAGAUAAUAAGACCACAACAGGUUUAUACUGGUGUAUGGCUAAGGCAUUAUAUGCCACUCAAGGAGCGCAUGGCGUCAACUGAGGCGGAUAAGCUUACUCAAGUAUCCAUAUCAAAUGCCUCAAGGCGGCGACUGGCUGGAUCUGGGGUUUAGCUUAUAUAGAAGGCAUUGCAAGUGAAAUAAACGGCACAGAUAUCGCCAGGAAAAUAAAUGUACCAUUGUCAGUUGCUUUCUGAAUCAAAAGAGUAUUUUUGGCAGAAGCUGAUACAUUGGCCCCUUGUUAUUAUAUACCUCUUAUUGUUAGGAACCAAUGUCACAUAAUUUAGACCUUAAAAUAAUUAUGUUGGAAAUGGUAACUUGUUUAUGUUGUAGUAGUUUGAGAUUUUCUGCAUCAAGUAUAAAUGUAAUGUGUAACGCAUUUGCUAGCUA